AAUAUUGGCCAUAACCAAAAAACGAGAGCAGUUUGUCGUGCGAUUGACAGAACAAACAGUACUCAUUCUCUCCCUUCUCCUUCCGAAGUUCCGAGCAGUGGUCUGCCAAUUCAGGUUCUUGACCUGUCUGUACGUGUCUGAAACGGUAGGAAAGACAUAUUCGUGCCUCGAAAUAGCGAAGAGAACGGUUAUUUUUUCGUGAGCAACUUUAGUUUCUUCUAUUUCAUGACUCAAUUCGCGUUGUUCUUUCCGUCGCGUAAUCCUUCUUAAUGACUCAAACUGUGAAUCAUCGAGGAGAAAAGCGCAAUCCUCGGCUCUCGAAAUAGAAUCGGAAGCACGUACAAUAGCCUACACAAGUAUAGCACUUAUGCAGUUUUUAUAUUGUUUAUGUAGCCGUGAUAACGCGAUUAAUUGCGUGGAUUCUAUCGACUCGGAGCAACUCGGAGUUGUUGUUAUUCUAAAUCAGCUGUUCCAGACGUCGUGCGAUAAACGCACCGCUUCAAAAUCGAUAAAUGCUUCUCGUUCGUCUUCUAUGUCCUCACAGUGGAAGCCGCUCCUCAAAAACCUUUAAACCGAAGAAAAACAUUCCUGAGGGGACUCAUCAGUAUGACCUGAUGAAACAUGCGGCUGCCACUCUCGGUUCUGGAAAUCUGCGACUUGCAGUUAUGCUUCCUGAGGGAGAAGAUUUGAACGAGUGGGUCGCCGUCAACACUGUUGAUUUUUUCAAUCAAAUCAACAUGUUGUAUGGCACAAUCACUGAAUUCUGCACAGAAGAAAGUUGUCCAAUCAUGUCGGCGGGACCAAAAUAUGAAUACCACUGGGCAGAUGGUCACACUGUGAAAAAACCAAUAAAGUGUUCAGCGCCCAAGUAUAUUGAUUAUUUGAUGACGUGGGUGCAGGAUCAGUUGGACGAUGAAACUCUUUUUCCUUCCAAAAUUGGAGUACCUUUUCCGAAAAAUUUCCAUUCAAUUGCGAAGACAAUACUGAAGCGACUUUUUAGAGUCUACGCACACAUUUAUCAUCAGCAUUUCAGCGAGGUUGUCCAACUCGGCGAAGAAGCGCAUUUAAAUACGUCAUUCAAGCAUUUCAUAUUUUUUGUGCAGGAAUUCAAUCUCAUCGAACGGAGAGAGCUGGCACCUCUCCAAGAAUUGAUAGAGAAACUUACCGCAAAGGAAGCGCGAUGAACGCACCCUUUGCUGAACCGAAAUACUGUGAAACUUCUCCAAAGAAUCUCAUCUGUGCUGUUUCCGCUAAUAAUCACCGUAUAAUUACGUACACAUUUUAUUAACCGAAUUUACGCAGUUCAUGUUCCAAUUUGUGGUGUACUUCACCAAUUUUAACGUCCUAUUUUUUGUUUUUCUUCAUUCACAAAUCGCCAUUUGUCAAUAGAAAAACCGCUUCAAAGCUUCGGAGCUUUUUGUUCGCUUUUCAAUGAAAAAUCAUAGCAGUGCGGAAGCGAGAUUUGUGAAGCAACAAAAUCA